AUGCAAGGUCAACAGCAAAUACUGCAACCGCAGCAACCUCAACUUCAGCAACAACUUCAGCAACAACAACUUCAGCAACAGCAAAUAUUACAGCAGCAGCAACAACAAGCACAAGAACCGCCAGAACCACCGAAACUUACAGAAGAAGAACGUCGUAAAUAUGAGGAAGAACGUCGCAAAUAUGAAGAAAAGUUAAAAUACGCACCAUAUGAGGAACGUAGAACUUACUAUAUAAAAGAAUAUUCUCCGCACAUUUGCUAUUCUUCAAGAUAUUACGACGAUAUUUCAGAAUAUAGGCACGUCACUUUACCAAGAGAAAUAGCACAAUUCUUACCCCAAGACACAUUGUUAUCAGAAGAAGAAUGGAGAGGUUUUGGAGUACGUCAAUCUCAAGGUUGGGAACAUUAUUUAAUUCACGCACCCGAACCACAUAUCUUGCUCUUCAAACGUGAAAAAGAUUAUCAAUUGGCUUAUCUAUCAAAUGCGUAUCAUUUUUCAAUCUUGGCAGGCCAAUUUGGAUUCUUUUAUACUGUUUUAUCUACAUAUUAUUUAGGUGCUUCCUUUGCCUGUCUUGCGGGUAUCGCUGGUGUGUUAAAGAAUAACCUUAAAUAUGUGAAAAUUUAUGCCAUGUUUUAUUGGUGGCAACUUAUGUUAGGAUUUACAAUUUCAAUAGUAUUUUCGGUUGUGGCAUUCUAUUUUGAUAAAGAUCUUCAUUUCUGUAUGGCUGUCUGGGCUUAUUAUCAAAGACUUAAGGUCGAAAGACAAUAUGGUGACAUUAGAGAUUCUAGUUAUAUUGUAUAUUAUACUCCUAUCCCUGCUUAUACUGUUGUUCCGCCACCUGCAUAUGAUUCUGUUCCUGUCGAUUCAAAAUCUUCUUCGAAUAUUCUACCUCAUAGUGACAAGCAAUAA